AUGGCCCCAACCACCGACUCGCUCGCUGACGAGCCCAAGAAGAGAGGCAGAGGCCGCCCGCCAAAGAAUGGCGUCGCCGCCGUCAAGAAGUCCUACGUCCCGACCGGCCGCCCCCGAGGCCGACCUAGGGGUAGCGGUACCCCCAAGAAGCCUGCCUACGUACCAACCGGUAGGCCGCGCGGCCGACCUCCCGGCAGCGGAAAGAAGAAGUCGGCCACGAGGUCGAAGUUUUCAACUGAGGAGGACGCGGCGCUCGAGGCUGCGCAAGAAGGUGCGGUAAAGGCUAAGAAGGGCGCCGCCGGCAACUCACGGGUGCCUCGCAGCGGCGCGAGGGGCGCAAAGCCUAAGCACCAUGAAGAAGAAGAAGAGGAGGAGGAGGAGGAAGAUGAAGGCGAAGAGGAGGCCGAAGAGGAGGACGACGAUGACGCGAGCGGCAACGACGAUGCCAGCGGCGAAGAAUCCGGAUGA